AAACAAAAAAGAAAGAAGAGAAAAUAGCAGUAGUUGGCGCAAAACCAUGGCGCUAACGGAGUUCUUCCACGGCGAGAUCUCGUCGGAGCUAUGGAAAAUGCUGGUUUCAAUUUCCCGAAAAGCCCUCCGCUGCAAGUCGAGCGCCGAGAGCCUCAUCACCUACGUCCGCGAGCUCCUUCCUACGAUCGAAGAGAUCAAGUAUUCCGGCGUGGAGCUGCCGGCGCCGCGCCAGUCUCAGCUCGACCGCCUCUCGGAGAUCCUCCGCUCCGGCGUCGAGCUCUCGCACCAGGCCCUCUCCUCCUCCCGCUGGAACGUGUACCGCAACUUCCAGCUCGCCAAAAAAAUGGAGAAGCUCGAGAAGCACGUGACAAGGUUCUUGCAGGUUCCCAUGCAGGCACAUAUAUUGGCGGACGUGAACCACGUGCGGUUCGAGAUGGCGGAGCGGUUCGACCGGGUGGAGGCGUCGAACCGGAGGAUGGAGCGGUUGAUUGGGGAGAUGAAGAUUGGAGUGAACGGGGGAGGGUGGGUGGAGGAGGCUGUGAGGAGUAUGCAGGAGGAUGAGACGUGGGUUGAAGGGUGUAAUGGGAAUAAUAAUAACGGUUUUGGGGUUGGGUUGGAGUUCGGGAAGAACAAGGUUUUGGAGAUGAUUUUUACGAGGAGUGGUGAUGUUUCGGUUGUCGGUAUUUGCGGGAUUGGUGGGUCCGGGAAAACCACUCUUGCUAGAGAGGUCUGCAGAGAUGACCAAGUGAGAUGUUAUUUCAAGGAGAGGAUCUUGUUUUUGACUGUGUCGCAGUCCCCGAAUGUGGAGCAGCUGAGAGAGAGUAUCUGGGUACACAUCAUGGGCAACCAAGGUUUGAAUGGCAAUUAUGCGGUUCCACAAUGGAUGCCACAGUUUGAGUGUAAAGUGGAAACUCAAGUACUUGUUGUUUUGGAUGAUGUGUGGUCACUCUCAGUGCUGGACAAGCUUGUGUUGAAAAUUCCUGGCUGCAAAUUCCUUGUGGUAUCCAGAUUUAACUUCCCAACAAUUUUUAAUGCCACUUAUCAUGUGGAAUUGCUGGGUGAACAUGACGCCCUUUCUUUGUUCUGUCACCAUGCUUUUGGACAGAAAUCAAUUCCUAUGGGUGCUAAUGUGAGUUUGGUGAAGCAGGUUGUGGCUGAGUGUGGAAGGCUUCCACUGGCUCUGAAGGUGAUUGGAGCUUCUUUGCGAGACCAGAACGAAAUGUUUUGGUUGAGUGUUAAAAGCAGGCUCUCCCAAGGCCAAAGCAUUGGUGAAACCUAUGAAACCAAUCUGAUUGAUAGAAUGGCAAUUAGUACUAACUACCUGCCAGAAAAGAUCAAGGAGUGCUUCUUGGACCUGUGUUCUUUUCCUGAGGAUAGAAAGAUUCCUCUAGAAGUUUUAAUCAAUAUGUGGGUUGAAAUCUAUGACAUCGAUGAAGCUGAAGCAUAUGCCAUUGUGGUUGAGCUUUCAAACAAGAAUCUUCUCACCUUAGUACAAGAGGCACGUGUCGGGGGCAUGUAUAGCAGUUGCUUUGAGAUUUCUGUCACUCAACAUGAUAUAUUGAGGGACCUUGCUCUUCAUUUGAGCAACCGUGGCAGCAUUCAUCAACACCGAAGGCUAGUUAUGGCUACACGAAAAGAAAAUGGACUACUCCCCAAAGAAUGGUCUAGAUACGAGGACCAACCCUUUGAAGCACAGAUUGUUUCAAUCAACACAGGUGAAAUGACCAAAAUGGACUGGUUUGAUCUGGAUUUUCCCAAGGCUGAAGUGUUGAUCAUUAAUUUCACAUCCACUGAAUACUUUUUGCCUCCCUUUAUCAAUAAAAUGCCAAAUUUGAGGGCAUUGAUAAUAAUAAACCACAGUACCUCACAUGCCCGCCUUCAAAAUGUUUCAGUUUUUAGGAAUUUGACCAACUUGAAGAGUCUCUGGCUUGAAAAGGUUUCCAUCCCUCAGUUAUCAGGCACUGUCUUGCAAAACUUGGGCAAAUUAUUUGUAGUCCUCUGCAAGAUUAAUAAUAGUUUGGAUGGGAAACAGUUCCCUAACCUCUCUGAGCUCACUCUUGAUCACUGUGUUGAUCUAACUCAAUUUCCCUCAAGCAUUUGUGGAAUAAAGUCACUACAAAACUUGAGUCUCACCAACUGCCACAGUUUGAGUCAACUACCUGUUGAAUUUGGCAAACUAAGAUCACUAGAGAUCCUCCGUUUAUAUGCUUGUCCAUAUCUAGAAACACUUCCUCCUAGCAUGUGUGACAUGAAGAGAUUGAAGUAUAUUGAUAUUUCUCAAUGUGUUAACCUCACAUGCUUCCCUGAAGAGAUUGGUAGAUUAGUAUGCUUAGAGAAGAUUGACAUGAGGGAAUGCCCCAUGAUUAGGUAUUUACCGAAGUCUGCAGUGUCAUUGCAAUCUCUGCAGCUUGUAAUUUGUGAUGAGGAGGUACAAGAUAUGUGGAGUGAUGUUGAGAUGUCCAACUCAAAUGUUCUUAUUCAAGUAGCAGAACAACACUAUGAUCUAGACUGGCUUCAAGAGUGACCCAUGUGUGUCUACGUUCUUGGGAUGUUUUACUUCCCAAUUCUUUGUACUUGUAUAUUCUUGUUCAUAGCCUCAAUUCUGAAAAGGAAUUUUUCUUAUUUCCAAAAGCUAAUUCCCGUGAUGGUGAAAAUGGCACAAUAUUUUCACUGUAGUUCCUA